CCUCAAGGCUCAUCCUGUAAGUGUAUCGGUGUUAUUAUUUCACCCAUAGCACUUGGCGAUGUGACGUCAUUCUGUAAGCAAACUGCCAUGAUGGGAAGUCUUAGAACGGGUAUCUUGUUGACAAUUUUGCUUGUGUGUGUCUUCGACACAGAAGCUAGAAGAGGUGGUGGAAGUUCUUACAGAGCAUCCUACAGGAGUUCUUCUUACAGAAGUUAUUACAGCAGCUAUUCCUAUAGGUCUUAUGUGGCUGUGAGGUACACCAGAGCUUACACCUACUGGGCACCCACCUACCUGUACUACUACUACCACAACCUUUACUUCUACCACAGUGCUGCAUACUCCAGGUCAACAUCUUUAACUUCCUCAACUGCCGGUGUAUGUAAGAACUAUGAAGCCAACAGUAAUGGCUCCUACAUGGGUCUGUUCACAUGUCCUUUGUCAUUUGAACCUGCAGACUUUACUUCGUGUUGUGGAGAAGAAAACUCUGAAUACUGUUGCAGGUGGAAUGACAACACUGGGAAUAUUGUGGGCGUGGUGUUUGGGGCCAUCAUUGCUGCAACACUCGUCAUUGUGGUCAUCGUCAUACUGGUGAGGAUGUGUAAAGUGAAGAAAAUGAAAGUUUCAUCUUCAAGCAAUAUCAGAAGAAGAACUUAUAGAAGUGAGAUAUCUAUGACAGAACGCUCGGGAAGACCAUCUCACUUCAACACAAACUACUCCAAUCCUCACCAGUUUGCAAGCUACAGUGGUCCUCCCCCUCCUCCACCAGACCAGAAGGCUCAGUCCAGCUACAUGUUCUACUCUGGCUCUCAGCAGCCUACUGGCUACACAUAUAAUGACCCUGCCUACCCUCCCACAGAACAGAAGCAAGGCCUGGCAGCACCAGUGGACCCAGGCUACUCCAGCACACAGCCGCCUCCUCCUGGUUACAGCCAAGCUAAUAAUGAUCCAGCCUAUGCACCUCCUCCACCUGCUUAUUCGUGAUCUAUGCAAAAAGAUCAAAGGUUACUGGUUGACCUGGAACUCUUGUAAAGGAACACCCAAGGUCAACAUGAAGAUAACUGAAGCUUAUGAAAAAAAUCAUAACAAGUCUUUUUAUAUAUUGUGAGAUUUUAUACAUCUCUGUCCAUUUUAGGUUAUGAAACAUUCCAGAUAUAAAAGCAUUAUUUUUGAUGCUGUCCAUUUUUUUUUCAUUUUAAAAUAUUGUUAGGUUCAAUAUGUGAUAUUCUAAUACUGUGAUAGCUGUGUUGGUAUUUUAACUGGAAAGCAAUUCUCCUUCUAUUAAAUGAGGUAUACACCAGAAUGGGGGAACAUAUUAUCAGGAAUCUUUUGCUACCAUACUUAGUAUAUGCAUUUUUUGUUCAUAUUCGUAUAUUAUAUAUUAUAAGGACAUAUAUAACAUUUGAAUGGAAUUCUGUGGAACUGUUCCAUUCUUCGUUCUGUGAAUGUUGGAUGUGUUGUAUGCUAGAUAUAUAUUAUAUAUAUAUUCAAGAUUUUGAUGUGAAGUAUUGUCUACAAAUGUGUGUAUCAUUGACUUGUGGUGACAGAAAUAGAAUGUGUGUUGUCAUGUGAGCCAUAUUUUUGUGUUGUGUGAAUAUAUACUGCUAAAAGGUUCUAAACAAUCAGUGACUGUUGGAAUAUUAAUUACUUUACUCCUCAACAACUAUAGUGCCUUCAUUACAAUAGUUGAUAGCCUGUAACUGUAAUAGACUGAACCAUGGGAUGCCAACUACAAAUACUCAAAAACUGAACAACCUAUAUGUUACACAGUUAGUUUUGUGGUUGGUUACAGAAGUUCUCACAUUUACUUUAAUAUAUUUUGGUGGAGAGAGAGAGAGAGAGAUAAGGGAGGAGAAAAUAGAUUACUGAUCUGUGAAGCUGCCCUACUCAUAUUUGAUAACUUUUAAUAUGCACUAGGAAAAUGUUUACUAUAUAUAUUUAUAUGUAUAUUUGGAAAAGUGUUAACAUCCUUUUGUACAUUUAUUUAUUUUAAUUUUGUUUUGUUUUAUUUGCCUUUUUGUCUGCAUCUGUAAAGUAUUUUAAAGUAUGACUUUUAAUAUAAGCACUGUUUGCAUUGGCAACUUUGCUGAAGCUUACUUCGUAUAUAUCUUUGGUAUUAUUGAACAGUAUUUUAAAAUUGUAUUUCUUCUUUUUUUUAACCUAUAUGUAUGGUUGUAAUCAGGAGUACUUAUUUUCAGAUGUACCUUUUAACACCUUGCACCUUUGCAGUUAUUUUGAGCAUAUUUCUAUUGAAAAUGAAUUUAAAUUUGAAAAUAUACCAAUUUCUAACAUUGUGUUUGUAUGAAAUCACUGUUAUUAAGAG